AUGAAAGUGUCUUCAAUAGAAAACUUCGGAGAUGAAAGUGUCUUCAAGAGGCAUUUAAAACCAAUGGGUUUUAGUGCAUGUGUGUCUGCUCAAAAAGAAUCCUUUCUUGUAUUCUUAACACUUCCAAGAUUCAUUAGUUUCUAUUCUCUAACUCAUACGAAAUCCUGUGUUUAUUUCCCAAAAACCCCAUGGAUUAUUGCUUUUCUUCUCCCCAUUCUCACAUACGCUUAUGGGUCUUUCUGUAAUUUCCCCAUCUUUUUCUUCCUCAUCACAGUUUUGAUAUUGGUUUCUUCUACCUUUCUGUUCUUGCCACUAGCAAAACUCAAAGUACAAGUUCUUAAGAAAGAACAGUCGCAACAACAAGAUGACCAUGAUCAUAUCUGCUCUGAUCGGAAGAUCUCAAACCAGGCUCAAGAUGAAUUAAAGAUUGGUUUUUCCGACACAGGUUUGCCGGAAUCUUUCUCGGAAAAAGACAUUAUUGGCCGGUUUUCAUCCACCAGUGAAGAGGAUUCCGACUUUGACUGUGGGCAGUUUCCGAGCGAGAGUCCCGACUGCUCCGACGAGGAGAGCCUGAUAGAAAUAGAACUUCCGGCCGGGGACUAUGUUGGGUUGAAAGGAGGAGGAGAAGAAGAUGAUGAAGAAGAAGAGUUGUGUUUUGAGCAAUUAUCACCGGAAUCUAUUUACCGGUGGUCGGAGAUGAAUGAGGAAGAAAAUUUGAUUGAAAUCGACAUAUCCAUGGGGUCCAUCAAGUAA